UACAGGUUGCAUAUGAACGUAAUUUUAUAUUUCUUUUCAAAUGAAACAAUUUGAUAAUUCAUUUUCAGGGUUUCGUUUAACGCAAAUUCAAAUUGGAAAGAUAUGUUCCUAUGGCAAAAUAUAUUUCGUAGAAACCAGAUGGAUUAAGUUGAUACAAUGAAAUAUAAAUCUUAAUGACUAAUAAAGGGACACGGAUAAUCCUAAUGAAUAUUGAACCUGUAACCUCUUGGUUGUUAGGCGGGGACGUGCACUACCGCGUUACACCCUCUUUGAUUACAUCAUAUCUUCUUUAUCAUUGGAGGAUGAUGAUUCCGAUAACAAUAAAUGAAUAAUGCGUUUGAGUUUACAAGCUAGCUUUAAAUGCCCACUCAAAUUCAACUGAUCCUCGUUAUUUGGACCAAACUCCAUUGACCCGGAAAAGGAUAUCAUGUGAAUGUCAAUUAUCAUGUCGGAAAGGGCAGUCGUAAUAUGACACAUCAGCUCAAUAUAACCACCACGUUCGAGCCUCCUUAGGGUAAGUUACAUCCGAACCUUCUUGGGGAAAGAUGCAAUUCUCCUCAGUGUUGAUGCAGUUCGAUUUAUCUUUUUAACCUUGUCUGUUCGCUUCGACCAAUGACCGGAUGAGAUCGAUCAAUGUGUGCAGGGUAGGUGUGAACUUAGGGGCAGUGGAAGUAAGGUACAUGGAUUUGACCAUAGAGGCGGAGUAUGAAGUGGUCCAUGGCAAGCCUCUCCCAACUCUAUGGAACACUCUCAAAAGCAUCUUCUCUAUCCGGAGAAGCAUUGGCUGCAAAAAUCCAGCAGACAAGAUAAGCAUUCUUAAGGGCAUAAGUGGGCUCCUCAAGCCUUCAAGGAUGACACUGUUGCUUGGACCUCCAGGAUGCGGGAAGACCACAUUCUUGAAGGCACUGGCAGCGAAAUCUGACCAAUCUCUCAAGGUGACCGGGGAAAUAUCGUACAAUGGGUACGGGCUGAACGAGUUUGUGCCACAGAAGACAUCAGCUUACAUUAGUCAGGACGAUCUUCACAUCUCUGAGAUGACUGUCAGGGAGACGCUCGACUUUGCUGCUCGUUGUCAAGGGGUUGGGAAAUGGGCAGAUAUUAUGAAGGAAAUUAGUAAGAGGGAGAAGCAAGCGGGAAUUUGCCCGGAGCCGGACAUAGACACUUUCAUGAAGGCAACGUCAGUGCAGGGAUUGAAAAGAACACUGCAAACUGACUACAUAUUGAAGAUUCUUGGACUGGACAUUUGUGCUGAAACUAUAGUAGGAGAUGCCAUGAACAGAGGGAUUUCGGGUGGGCAGAAGAAGAGGCUGACUACUGGGGAAAUGAUAAUUGGUCCGGCCAGGGUCUUAUUCAUGGAUGAGAUAUCGAAUGGCUUAGACAGCUCGACGACCUUUCAGAUAAUCACAUGCCUCCAGCAGCUGGCCCAUAUAAUGGGGUCCACGAUCCUCGUCACGCUCCUUCAACCUUCUCCUGAGACAUUUGACCUCUUUGACGAAGUGAUCCUGAUGGCUGAGGGGCACAUCGUUUACCAUGGACCCCGCGAUAGCAUCCUCGAUUUCUUCGAGUGUUGUGGGUUUAAGUGCCCUCCGAGGAAAGGCAUCGCCGACUUUCUCCAAGAAGCGGUCUCCAAGAAGGACCAAGCACAAUAUUGGCAAUGUAGGGAUGAGCCUCACGCUUACGUGACUGUGGAACAAUUGGCAGAGAAAUUUAAGGAAUUUCCUGUCGGGAAAGAUUUGAAUGCAGAACUCAUGAUGCCGGUACACAGAUCUGAGAUCGGCAAAGAUGCAUUAUCGUUUGAUAUUUACUCUUUGAAGAAGUGGGAGUUAUUCAAAGCGUGCCUGGCCCGAGAAUGGCUCCUCAUGAAGCGAAACUCAUUCGUUCACGUGUUCAAAUCUGCUCAGCUCGUGGUAGUUGGGGUGAUGACUAUGACUAUUUUCAUCCGCACAAGGAUGAAGAUUGACUUAGCACACGCAGAUCUCUACAUGGGUUCACUGUUUUACUCUCUUAUUAGGCUUGUGGUUAUUGGGAUAGCAGAGCUCUCAAUGACUGUUUCUCGACUUGGAGUAUUCUACAAGCAACGAGACUUUUAUUUCUAUUCUGCAUGGGCUUACUCGAUACCUGCAGCCAUCUUAAAGAUCCCGUUCUCGAUGUUAGAUGCAUUCCUGUGGACGGCUCUCACCUAUUAUGUCAUCGGUUACAGUCCUGAACCUCAAAGGUUCUUUUGUCAGUUCUUUCUCAUGUUCCUUGUGCACCAAGCAUCCAUAUCGUUGUUCCGUGUGAUUGCUGCCCUAGUCCCAAACCCGUCUGUUGCAGCAACUUAUGCUCUUUUCUCUCUUUUAGUGAUAUUUCUAUUUGGUGGCUUCGUGAUCCCAAAACCUUCUCUGCCUGAUUGGUUGAAGUGGGGUUUCUGGAUUUCUCCUCUUUCAUAUGCAGAAAUUGCAGUUUCUGUCAAUGAAUUCCUAGCUCCAAGGUGGCAAAAGGUUUCAUCUUCGAACAUUACCAUCGGACAUCAAGUGCUUGGCAAGCUCGGUCUAGACUAUAGUGCCUACUUUUACUGGAUAUCUCUGGGAGCCUUAUUCGGGUUUUGGCUCAUUUUCAACAUCAUUUUCACCUGUACAUUAACAUUUUCAAGGGCUCCGGGAAGAUCUCGAACUUUAAUCUCUCAAAAUAAGCUCUCUCAUAAGGAUAGGAAUAUCGGAAAAUCACCAAGAGGAAAACAAGUAAUGCAUCGCGCAGUUUCUAGAGAAGCAAACACAUUUGGGAUGGUUUUGCCUUUCGAGCCCGUAACACUUACAUUCGAGAAUGUGCACUACUUUGUCGAUACUCCUAAGAAACUGAGGGAGCAAGGAUUUCCUGAGAAAAGAUUACAGCUUCUUCGAGAUAUUACAGGAGCCUUUAGGCCUGGUGUCCUCACGGCUUUAAUGGGCGUAAGUGGAGCAGGGAAGACGACUCUAAUGGACGUCCUCUCGGGGAGGAAAACUGGUGGCAUUAUUGAAGGGGAUAUAAGGGUAGGGGGGUACCCUAAAGUGCAAGCAGCUUAUGCCAGAAUUUUGGGUUAUUGUGAGCAGACCGACAUUCAUUCCCCACAAAUUACAGUAGGAGAAUCAGUGGUAUACUCUGCUUGGUUACGAUUGCCACCUCAAAUCGACCAGCACACAAGAGACGAAUUUGUGGCUGAAGUCCUUCAUAUGAUGGAGCUCGACAACAUAAAGGAUGCACUAGUAGGCAUCCCGACGUUAGGCGGUAUAUCAAUCGAACAGCGUAAACGGCUCACAAUAGCAGUGGAGCUUGUCUCUAACCCAUCGAUAAUAUUCAUGGACGAGCCUACUUCAGGACUAGAUGCUCGGGCCGCAGCAAUAGUGAUGCGGGUUGUGAAGAAUAUCGUUCGCACGGGAAGGACAGUUGUUUGCACUAUUCAUCAGCCCAGUAUCGACAUAUUUGAGGCAUUCGAUGAGUUGAUUCUGAUGAAAAGAGGAGGUCAGAUGGUAUAUGCAGGAGAGCUAGGCCAACAUUCAAGCAAGCUUAUAGAGUACUUCGAGAGUAUCCCUGGAGUGCCACAAAUUAAGGAGAACCACAAUCCCGCUACAUGGAUGCUCGAAGUCUCGACUCCCUCAGUUGAAGCUAAACUCAGCAUAGAUUACAGCAUCCUUUACAAAGAAUCUCAUCUAUACGAGAAAAACAUAAAAAUGGUUAAGCAGCUGAGCAAACCGGUGACCGGUUCGAGAGAACUACGGUUCUCAUCCAAGUUUCCGCAAAACCAGUACGAGCAAUUCAAAGCAUGUCUAUGGAAGCAGCACCUGUCGUAUUGGAGAAGUCCCAAGUACAACUUGGUUCGGCUCUCGUUUAUCGCCGCUUCUUCCUUGUUAUUUGGAUUGCUUCUUUGGCAAAAGGGGCAGAACAUAAAUGGGGAGCAAGAUCUGUUCAAUAUACUGGGCGGGAUGUACAUCUUCGUGCAAUUCACGGGAAUAGGCAACUGCUCCUCUGUUUUGCCAUUCGUAGCCAGGGAACGAACAAUCAUGUACAGAGAAAAGUUCGCAGGGAUGUAUUCCUCGUGGGCUUAUUCCCUUGCUCAGGUGGCCAUUGAAAUCCCAUACAUACUCAUCGAAGCAGUGUUGUUCGUGGCUAUCACAUACCCUGCGGUUGGAUUCUAUUGGUCAUUCCAAAAGGUGUUCUUGUACUUCUAUACUAUGUUCUGUACUCUGUUGUACUUCAACUACUUCGGCAUGAUGAUCGUCUCACUGACUCCGACCUACCAAGUGGCUUCGAUUUUUGCGAGUUUCUGGUACACCAUGUUGAAUCUCUUCUCGGGAUACAUCAUACCAGGACCUAACAUCCCGAAAUGGUGGGUUUGGUGUUACUGGAUCUGCCCCACGGCUUGGUCCCUCAGAGGCCUCCUCACUUCGCAAUACGGAGACAUUACUGAGGAGAUAAUAGUAGAUGGAGAGCUCACAACAAUCGGCGAGUACUUGAAAAGUUAUUAUGGCUACAAGUAAAAUGAUUUGGGGCUCAUAUCUGCUAUUCUCUUGGCGAUUCCGCUGGUUUUCGCAAUUAUAUUUGCAUUUUGCAUAGCAAAGCUCAACUUUCAGAAGAGAUGAGGAAGCAUUUGUCCCUUACAUGCAUUGUAUAGUUUCCGGUUUAUUAUGUUAUUAUGGAAGUUUGUGAUACACACCGGAAGUUUAUAGAAAAGGCUCACAGGGAGGCAAUUUCAACUUUUUGAAAGUUUUGGGGUCAAAAAUUAACAGGACAAAAGUUUGAAGGGCUAUCGAGUUAUUUUAGUGAAAAGGAGGAUAAAUGUAAUAAAUUAAACAAAUUAU